AUGGACUUGGGGUAUGGAUUCUUCCUCACUCGCUUCUCAUUGCGAGAGGAUUAUGAAACCAUUCUGAAGAAGGGACCUUGGUUCAUUGGGGAAUACUUCUUAUCAAUCAGACCUUGGGAACCAGAUUUUCGUCCGACGAUGGCAAGUAUAUCCUCCAUUGCAGUUUGGAUAAGAUUGAACGAACUUCCAAUAGAGUAUUAUAACGCAGAAGCUUUACACCAAAUCGAUAAGUCGAUUGGUAAUGUCCUAAGGGUGGAUAUGCACACCACUUCUAAAGCGAGAGGAAGGUUUGCUAGGCUUUGUGUUCAAGUCAACAUGAAUAAGCCUCUUGUAACAGCCAUUUUGAUCAGAAAGUUCGAACAACUUGUUUGUUAUAAGGGCAUUCAAAAGCUAUGUUUCGGGUGUAGAAGAAUGGGGCAUAAACGUGAGCAUUGCCCGUACAUUAUCCGUCAUGAUUUGCCGCAGAGGACAGCGGAAAAAAAUGUAGAGGGUGAGCUAGUUGAGUGA